GAACCGCCCCAAUUGGGGCGGAGCCACGGCCCAGGACUGGCCUAAGCCGCCGCAGGCAUAGGACACCAUGAAGCAGCUGCCAGUCUUGGAGCCUGGAGACAAGCCCAGGAAAGCAACAUGGUACACCUUGACCCCGGUUGGAGACAGCCCCUGUGCUCGGGUUGGCCAUAGCUGCUCAUAUUUGCCCCCUGUUGGUGAUGCCGAGAGAGGGAAGGUCUUCAUUGUUGGGGGAGCAGAUCCAAACAGGAGCUUCUCAGAUGUGCACACCAUAGAUCUGGAAACGAGGACUUGGACCACGCCAAAGGUGACCAGCCCACCCCCAUCCCCAAGAACAUUCCACACGUCAUCGGCAACCAUCGGAAACCAGCUGUAUGUCUUUGGGGGCGGAGAGAGAGGCGCCCAGCCCGUGCAGGAUGUGAAGCUGCAUGUGUUUGAUGCAAAUACCCUGACCUGGUCACAACCAGAGACACUUGGAAAACCUCCAUCCCCCCGGCAUGGUCAUGUGAUGGUGGCAGCAGGGACAAAGCUCUUCAUCCAUGGAGGCUUGGCAGCGGACAAUUUCUAUGAUGAUCUCCAUUGCAUUGAUAUCAGUGACAUGAAGUGGCAGAAGCUAAGUCCCACUGGGGCAGCUCCCACAGGCUGUGCUGCCCACUCAGCUGUGGCUGUAGGAAAGCACCUGUAUAUCUUUGGAGGGAUGACUCCCACUGGAGCCCUGGGCACAAUGUACCAGUAUCACAUAGAAAAGCAGCAUUGGACCUUGCUUAAAUUUGAUACUUUUCUACCCCCUGGACGAUUGGACCAUUCCAUGUGUAUCAUUCCAUGGCCAGUGACAUGUACUUCUGAGAAAGAAGAUUCAAAUUCUGCCACUCUAAACUGUGCUGCUGAGAAAGGGGAUUCCACUGAGAAAGGAGUAACCGAAGGUGGUGACUCUCGUGAAGAAAGUCAGACUGACACACUACUCUGUUUUGUGUUUGGUGGGAUGAAUACAGAAGGGGAAAUCUAUAAUGAUUGUAUUGUGACUGUAGUUGAUUAAUAAAACUACAUUUUUACUACUUUUAAAUGUCAAUUACUUUCAGAAAAGUUAAAUGAAACCUGAGUUGUUUCAUACCUCCAAUAUCUUCUGCACUAUAUAUCCCUUUGGCUUUUACCUACUUUGGUAGGUAAAGAGAUGAACUGGAUAGCCCAGGGCAAAAACCUCUAUUAUAUAAAAGGUUUUACCAGCAAUACAACCCAGGUAACUGAGUAAUAGAUUGGCUGAUUGUUAAGAAUACUAAUCACAAAAAUGUUGCAGAAAUCCUAAUUGCUAGAUACAACAAGCAGCUGUAGAAAUUAAGGAGUGGACAUUCACAGGUUGAAGUGUUUUUAAUAUUCAUUAGCUGCUCCUCAGAAAGAGGUGCAGACUGUUGGCUUUUGGUAUUGAAAGCCACUGGGGACAGGGACAAAGACUGGCCCUUAUCUGUCCCCACUACGCCCUAUCCCACUGCACAUAGCACUGCAGGUCAUUUUUAACGUUUGUAUGGACGUUGGCCUGAAGACCCUCUGUCCAAAUGCUUUUGGGCAACGCAGCAGAGGUCCGGGCCUCAGAGUAAAACUAUGACACUGUCAGGUCCUAGUUCCACAAGUUAACCUUUCAGCUGGUUGCCCAUCUAUAUAGAAUACCUAUCCUUGGGCUGAACUGGAUUUCAUGUUAGCAUGAUAGCCUGCCCUUUAUUGAGCAUACUUAUUAAACUUUAGUAGGGCUAAAUGUAGGUCACCAUUCUAGAUCCCACUCCUGUACCACUGAGAUGGAGAUUGACAUAGCUGAGGUUCAAAAAUACACCUUCACAUUCUAAAAUUAUGAACUGAAUCCAGGUGUGUAACGUUAUCAUCAGUGAUCCAUCACUCUAUCAAAUCUCAAAGGAAUCCAAGCAGGUAUAAAGCAUCAUUAGUUAUAAAAAGCCACCAGAAGUUUUUGAAAGGUAAGGGGAAAUGGGAAAUUACAAUUAUGCUCAGGAAAAGUCCACUCUUGGGCACUGUAAAAUGGCCCUUGCCUAGUUAAGGAUAUGGAUGAACCGCCCACCCCUUUUCUUAGAUUAGGUUAGGCAGAUUUCCAGAAAUGACUGAAUAAAAAAAAGUGUUUUCCUUACCUCAAAACGCCAAACACUCCCCUCAACCCGAGACUCUAACCUUAAAAUAAAUGACUAACCUAAUUAGAAGCUUAUCACAAAACUUAGACCAGUGUAAAUAACAAACAUUUAUUGGUGUCACUUAUGGUAGAAAAAAGUUCCUACACCAGAUGCACAUGACCCAAUUGUUAAAUAGAACAUUUUCAAGGUGAACACAAAUCCUAACCCAGCUUUUUUACCCACUUUUGAUGAUAGCCAAUUCUUCCUCGCCCCCCACCCCGAGACAUGUGAGCAACUGCUAAUGAAAA